AUCAAAUAGAAAAUUUGUCGGUAGAGCUUAAAGUGACAGCACAGAAUCAGCAGUCUCCCAUCGAUUUGGAAUCAUACAUAAAAAAAUUGUUGGAUGCUAGGAAAAGGAUAACAAUAGUCAACAGUAUCCUUCAAAAUGCUCAGGAUCGCUUGAAUAAAAUACAUCAACUAGCAGCAAAAGAAAUUGUGAAAAGCCAAUCUUCAGAGAAUCCCCCACAUGAUGGAUAAGAUAGAAACACCAGAUUUAUCCCAUAUAAGCAGCAGUGACUAUGAAAAUGUCUAUGAACCAGCAGAAGACUCUUUUUUGAUGCUUGAUGCUCUGGAAUCUGAAAUUCCAUACAUAAAAGCCAUUAAACCAACAAUCUGUCUUGAAAUAGGUUCAGGAUCUGGGAUAGUGCUAACUGGAUUAGCCAAAUGUCUUGGUUCUGGCUGUGCUUAUUUCAGUGUAGAUAUUAAUUCACAUGCUGCCCAAGUGACUCGUAAAACUGCUAGUAGAAACUGUGUCAGCUUGGAAGUUGUUAACUGUGACUUAGUUGGACCUUUUUUAUCCCGAAUUCAGAAUGAAAUUGAUGUGCUAGUGUUUAAUCCUCCAUACGUUCCAACGGAUGAAAGUGAAAUUGAUCCAAAGUCACCCAUCGCCUUAUCUUGGGCAGGUGGGCUUCGGGGGAGAAAAGUUAUGGAUCGUCUUUUCCCCCUAAUACCGCAGAUCAUGUCACCUAACGGUACAUUCUAUUUGCUUAUCGUGAAAGAAAAUGAUGAAGAUGAUAUUUUUAAAGUCAUGAAGUCUUACAAAUGGCAUGGUUCUGUAAUAAUGGAGCGUAAAGCUGGGCGUGAAUAUUUGAAGGUACUUAAAUUUAAACAUGUCCAGAUGUAAAGAAAACUUCUGCUAAUAAAGAAAUUCAAGAAAAA